AUGCUAUAAUAAAUUAACGACCCUAAAUAAAGAUUGAAUGAGUUAUUUUUAAACUUAAAGUUCAUUUAAACUCAAUCUUCAACUUCUUAUAGGAUAGAGUAAAUAUAAAAAUAAAAAAUACUGCUGUUUUUGGGUUUUAACAUGAAGAUGUAGAUGGAUUAUACGCUCAUUUCUAAGAUAAAAAUGUGAUUGUACAAGAUGAAUAUAUAAAAAUUGUGAAAUUAAAAAAAGAAUCAAAAGUCUCUUAUCUUAUUAAUACACCAUACUCCUUAGAGGGUAUACAAGAUGUAUAAUUAUGUCUUAAAUAAUGUGUUACCAGAAUAAUCUUAAAUAAGAUUCUACUUCAAUUUAAAGAUUGUUUAUACCACAUAAUUGUUAAUUUUGAAAAACUUUAAGGAAAUACUCAACAAGAAUAACUUAAUUAGAUUACUGAUUAUGGAUUAUUUAAUUAUGGAGAAUUGGAGUUUAAGAAUGUUUAUGUUUCUUUGAUAUUAAAUAUUAAAAAUAAGUAAGCAAUUUCUUAUUCUCUUGUUAAAAAUAUCAAGAAAUGUGUUAUAGACAUUAAACAUAUUUUGAAGUAGCAGGCUUUGAGAUUAAUCUUUAGUAGUAAAAAUGAAGAAAUUUUUUUCAAAAAUUAAGAUAUAUUUUACAAAAUAUAGAACGUGUAAGAGUUAUAUUAUGGACCUAUGAGUAUGUUUUUGUAAGAAUAAAUGGAAGAUUAUGUUAUUUAAAUUACUACAAUUUUAAGAAGUUAUUAGGAUUAACUUUUGUAUUUGUAAUAAAUUCCGAAUCUACAAGACGAAUAAGAUUUAAAUAAUUGUCUAGUCAGUCUUAUCGAGAAACUAAAUAAUAUUUUUUAGAAAUAAUCUAAUUAAAGUUUAGAAUCCAUAUAUCAUUUGUUUAAAGCAAUAAAUAAUUAAAAUUAAUAGCAUCACGAAUAAAUUAAUUAAUAUUUAAACUAGAUAAAUAUUAAAAUAAUAGAAAGUUUUUUAUAAGAUAAACGAAUUUCUUUUGAAAACCUUCUAAUACAAGCUCUAAUAGCAAAAUCAUCUGAAAUAGAAUUUAUCAAUAAUAUGUUCAAAAAAUAUAUACCCAAAGAAUUUGCAUCAACAAAUGUAAAUGAAAUAAAAAAUUUAAUCCUUAAUUUUAAAUGCUGGAAUUCUUAUAGCACUUUAAUGGUUGAAAGCAUAAUCUAAAAUUUUAAAUAAAUUACUUAACACAUAUAGGAAGGACCUGAAAAUGAAAGAGAAGUGGGGGUAUUUCUAUUUGGAAAAAGCAGAGUUGGCAAAAGUACUUUAAUAAAUUUACUCAAAAAUCCUGAAAGUUUAACAAUAGAGAAGAAAAUAAGUGAACUUUGUUAUGUAAGUAAAGAUGAAACAUAAUUUAAGAUUGAACAUGGAUGUAUGAGUGAGACAUAAAAAAUUUCAGAUAUGCAAAUAGGAGAUGUUUGGUUUUACGAUUGUCCAGGAUUUGAUGAUAAUAUAUCAUAAUAAAUUAGAAUUGCACAUAGGAUUAGCUUAUAUAAUCAUAUGGUUAAAACUAAAAAGGUAUUAGGAUUUUUUAUAAUUGAUUCGUCCAACAGAGAUGCAUAAAUUAUUAAGGAUACAAUUGAUCCCAUUUAUCUAUUGUUGUAAGAUAAAAAAUAAUUAACUAAAGAAAAUAAUAAAUGGGCUUCUUUGGUUUUAGUUAAAACAAAGUAAAAUACAAGAUAAGAUUACAUUGAAAAUUGGGAGGAAGCUUACCAUGGCUUGCUGGAAGGAAAGUACACAUUUUAUAGAGAAAUGUAUUAAAAGAAUAAUUAAUGUAUUGAAUUUCCUAAACCUAAAAAAAAUUUAUAAUCAGAGUAAAUUUUAGAAUAAAAUACUUAAAUUCAAAAAAAAAUGUUAUAGAUAAUUAAUGAAAAUAAAUAAAAUUAAGAUUUUUAACUAAAACUAAAUUUAUAAAUAGACUCAAAAUUAUUUUAUUUAUAUGAAAUUGUUCUUUCAAUGCUUUAAAUUAAAAUUGAAUAGAUUGUUGCCCUUUUAAAAAAUUAAAUCGAUACUUAUAUUUUAGAAGAUGAAGAUACAUUAGAAGGCAAAAAAUAACUAAUUUAAUAAUUCUAAUGUUUUAUUGUCAAAUAAAUCAAUUAAGACAAUGUAAAAGAAAUUUUGGGUAAAAUUUUAGAAUGGUGUUAGUUGAAUGAAAGAUUUAAAAAUAAUUCUGCGUUUUUAUAAAAUGCAAUUAAUGAUGUACUGAUGUGUUUAAAGAUGGAAAUUUAUUGCAAAAAUACAAAAAUUUCGCCAAUUAAAGUGAAUACAUCAAUCCUCUAAAAUAAUGCAAAUACAAUUAUAAAUCUUAUCAAAACUAUUACAAAAUGGGAAUUUGGUCUUAAGACAGGAUUUGUUAUAGUUUCUAUAGGUGCUGCAGUGGCAUCUUGUGGGGCUGCAAUAGUGGCAGAAGGCCUUGGAACAGCUGCUGUUGAAGUUUUAGUUUCACAAGUUGCCAGAAAAGUAGCAAUCAGAGCAGCUUUUACUGGAGUAGGAGGAACAUUAACUUCUACAGCUACAUUUAUCAUAUUUUACUUUAGGUAAAAAAUGUUAAAAUCGCAAUAUGAGUCAUAUUUAAAAGAAUAAGAAUAAAAAGCCAAUAACUGA